AGAUGUUAUUGGGAAAGGCUUCUAGAUUCACCUUGCUAAGUGCUGAGGUGCAUGUAACAUGAAUUCGUCUAACGAUCACAACACUAGUUUUCUCGGUGUACCACGCCUCACAGAAUGGUGAUCCAUUUCAAUUGACGCUUCAACUGCGAUCAACCCUAUUUGGGUCCACCGUCGUCACACCGCCGUCGGUCGUCCGGAUAGAUUAGCGCCGAUUUAUUUUACGAUCGUCCUCCACGUUCUCGCACCGUAAUCCGAUGAUAGUCGGGACGUUGUUGUUUAUACCGGCGGCACAGGCAUCAUCAUCGCCGAUCGUCCCCAUGGCUACAGUAGUGCUCUGAUGCUCCGCACAUUAUCAGUAAAACACCGGGCGUCGACGACGGUUCGGUUAUCAUCAUGGCCAGCUACGCGCUGCUCGCCUCGCAUACUUGGAUGCCUUUAGUAUAGACUGAUCGUUCUUGGGCGGUGCAAGUGCGCUUAAAAACCCGAUCGAAGUGUGCCGUUGAACAAGCCAUGAUCUUCCGGGAAUGGAUUGCUGCGAUUUUGGCUGCGUUGGUGAGCACGUGUUACGGCGGAGGUCAGCUGCGAUUCCCGUACGGUGACACUAACUUCAGCCUCAGCGUCUACAAGGCCGCCUUCAGUCCGGAGCGCAACAUCGUUGUCGCGCCGUUUGUGUUGCGCAACAGCGUUGCGAUGUUGUACUCGAUUGCAACCGACACGACACAGGAGAGGUUACGCGAGGUGUUCGGUCUACCAUCCAACUUUUCUGAGUUUCUAACGAACCAGAAGGAGCUGCAUUAUAUGCUUGGCGGAGGUGGCGAUGGCUUCCGAAUGAGGAACAGAAUCGUAUUGAACGGUCUAAGGGAAGUGGACAUUCACAUGAGAGACGUUAUGAAGGAAGAUCUGGACACGACGCUGGUGUACUUUGAUUUCUCCCAGCGAGAAGGAGUUGUGCGAAGGGUAAACCACUUCGUGAACUUCAACACAAAUCGAGUGAUCACCAGUAUGGUAAAUUUGGAAGACAUCCCGAAGCAUUUGCAAGUCGUGCAGAUCUGCUCGGCAUCGUUCAAGCCACCGUUUGCAAGUGCGUUCGACACCAAGGAUACGAUGCCACGGGACUUCAGGAGUGGAAUGAUCGAGAAAUUGUACACGACUAUGACGAUGUUCAAGCGAGGAGAGUUUCGGUUUUCGCGUAUUCCUGAACUAGAGAUUGAAGUACUCGAACUUCCGUUUGUGAAAUCAAGUGACGCCGUCAUGUGGGUUAUGCUGCCGGAUCGGGAGGCCUCGUUGGAGACAAUCAUGAAAGCUUUGGAACCAGGGCAUUUUGACGCAAUUCAGGCGCAUUUUCAAAUGAAACGAGCGGAAAUCACAGUACCGCUGUUUCACAUCGAAUCGGAGUUCAACGCCACGGAGUUUCUGCGGCAGUCCAUGGGACUGGAAGUGUUGUUCAAGCAGCGAGAUCUACGGAUAUUCGAAGAUGUAGAUUCUUCGCUGGACAGUGUUAUGCAUAAGGCAGGCAUGCGCUUCUAUGAGAGAACUGCUGACGCCGGUGGGGCUACAGUAGUGAGAAGUUUCAACAAGCGCAGUGCCAAACUAGUUGCACCGUAUCAGUUUAUUGUGGCACGAUCGUAUCUGUUUGUGAUAGUGAAAAAGACAAAUAAACAAAUUCUGUUCAUGGGGCAUCUCUACAAACCGGAUGAUCUCAUGGAAGUCUGAGUAGGAUGUCGAGGGAGAACUUA